GCGGCGGCGGCGGCUCCGCGCUCUCGCCAGCAUCGAGCAUUGCAACAUGAAGCAACAGCAACAUCGGCUCUGCACCACCACCACCACCACCACCCUCGCUAUGCUACUGUGUACUGCACUCGGCCGUGGGCAUGCUGGACCGGGGGAAGGGCAAGACCAACGUCUCCCAGUGCUGUUAAAGGAAGGAAAUAUAUAUACAAGAAACAGAAUGGAGCUCUUUUGUUAUGAAUUUACUCAAAAGCCUGUGUUCACUGAUAAUUGGUCAGCAGUGAAGAUUCAAAUUAGCUGUCCGGAGCAAUUGCGCCUUACAUAUCCUUCGGAUGAAAUGUUCUUUAAUAAAUCUGAAACGCUGAAAGACCUCAUUGUCUACUUGUACUAUCAAGUCGUAUCAUCUAAUGAAAAAGUAGCUUCGGAAUUCAACAUCAGUGUUGAACAUUUUGAUAGUAAAGCUUGCUUCAAACUAAACCCCAUGAAGCCCUAUCCAGAGUACACCAUUACUGUAACAAAGCCAUCAUUUGAAUUAAAGCUGAUUAUUCUGUUUGUGACUGGAAUUAUCCUGUUCGUCUUUGCAAGACCCAUUAGCAGGAGUGAACCGCUUUAUUACGCUUGUGGAGUUGCUUUAGGAAUCUUUGCAAUAUUAGUCCUUAUCCUCUUGGUUUGCAGAAGAAUGAUACAAACCAGGACAUUCUUCUUUCUAAUGGCUGGAAGUGGUUCAGUCUCAUUGCUCGCAAUUUAUUUAAGUGUUUUAAACUUAUCGCUAUAUCGGAAAUUCUUUGUUGGUUAUAUUUUUAUACUUGGUUGCAUUAGCUAUAUUAUAUGCUAUAAGCACGGGCCAUUGUCAGAUGAACUGAGCAUAAAUCUGCUCACAUGGACUUUACAGCUGAUAUCAUUGCUGAUGAUAUACCGUGGUGUGACAUUCAGUCAAUGUGCUUACACUGUGAUAGUUAUUCUCCUAUGCGCAAACAACAUCCACCAUCCAGUUAACUUGAUCUGCUACAUUUACAGAAAUAUUAAACAGUUUAUUAAAAAGCCACAAAUUUAUUUCAUUACUGAAGAGGAAUACAGAGAACAGACUGAAAUGGAGACUAAGAAGGCUCUUGAGGAACUUCGCCUCUGUUGUAGGAGUCAGGAUUUUCCUACAUGGGAAAUGGUAGCAAAAAUCAGCACCCCAAAAAGACUAGCAGACUUUAUCCUGGGAGCAUCACAUCUCACACACGAGGAGGUGUGGAUGCAUGACCAACAUUAUGGAAUUGGGGGCUCUUUCUUGGAAGCCCAACUGUUUGCAGCAGAAGAGGAGAACGGCUCAGUCGUGCAGAACGGUGAGGUGAUGGCUGUAGGCGAUGGUCACGAAGUGGAUGAGAUUGCAUAUUAAUUCUUGCUUCACUUGCUUCUGAAUGGAUUUUCUGAGUCAUUCCAAACAGAGAUUGACUAAUGCACCAAAUAAGUCCACAUGGAAUUAUCUGGUCUGGUUAUUUCUUACACGCGGAUGCACAAAAAUAGACUGAGACUACGGAGAUGAGAUGAUCAGUGAAUCUGUACGUGGUAUAUGGGUUUGAGUUUUCUUUUUGGAAAAAUAAUUUGCACUAAUGCAUGUGGUUCUGGUUAGCGCUGACCCUAUUAUUGAAGUAGCAUUUUCUUUUUGUCAACCAGUGAUUUAAGGGGAAAAAAAAAUCCCAGCCCUUAGCCAGGUUGCAGACAUUAAUUUGUAUGCUCAGGUGCCUCUCAUAUUUCUUCUUAUUACGGUAUGAUUUGUGAAUGUGUAAUUCACCCAGUGGAUUUCUCUUCUGUCCUAUUGAAAGAUAACUGGUUUGUCGCAAGUAUCUAAUCGAAUUCUGAGGUCUUGAAGGCCCUGAUUCUGGUCGCCACAGAUGAUGCUUCUGUGUCCAUUACUUGUAGUGAAGAUUAGCACUUCCAAAAGAUUUCUGGUUGAAGGAAGAGCAAUGUAAACGUGGCAGUCAGCAAGUCCCAGUGCUUAUAGUCGCUCCCAUUACAACACCCAUCAGGGCAGUGGCUCUGCUUUGUUGCAGCGAGAGCCUCUGCUUUGAGCACAGACUUUGACAAAACAAGACCAGUGUUCUGCUACUCCUUUCACCAGCCUCCAGCUAGUUAAUUGUAGGGCAGCCUUAAUCGAUUGGGUGCUAUCAGCAUUUCCAUCAACCCUGCCCUGAGUUGGUGGGAUAAAUGGAUUCUUGUCAUAAAUAAUGUGAUUGAUAUGUGCAAGCCAUUUCAGCAAUCAUGAAAUAUGAUCCAAGGACAACAUAUAAUUGCAUUAUGAAUAUUGUUUCCUUCUCUGAUCUCCUUAAUUUUUUAAAGAAGAGAUUAGAAUUUGCAGGUUCCUUUUGGUAUUUAAACAUGAGGAUUAGUCAUGUAUUUGUGCAGAUAUCUCAGAUGCCCAAGAUUACGUGAAGCACAUUGUAUUCCUGCUCUUUUAGUUCAGGGUAAAUCAAAAGAAUUUCCCCUCGAGAGAGAGAGAGAGAGAGAGAGUUGCCGGUACUUAGUCUGAAUGGAUUGAAUUUUAAACCUAACUUGGAGUAUUAAAUUUGAAUAUUUGAUUAAUAUCUGUUCAAGAAAUUUCCAGAUGUUCACAAUUUUAAGAUUCAUUUCAUUUGGACACCAUUUUUAUCUUGCGUUCCAUUCAGAUAACAAUUUUUUGUCUUAUUUUUAUUAUUUUAAUAACAAUACAAUCAGGGUUAGAUCAAGUUCUAAAUCCCAGUGAUUAAAGCUGUGCUAAAAAGGAAUUUAUUAGAUGAAAUUAAUUUUCGACUAAAUUAUUAGAAAAUUAAGUAAAGAUUAUGUUGUUUAAAGGUAUUUUUGAAUCUAGAACGGAAUCAGAAUAAGUGGUCAGCCAUUUCGGACUGAGUUGAGAAAUGUCUUAAUACAUAGGUAGGACAAUGAAAAAUUGGUGGUCAGCCUGAUCGAGUUUUAUCUUUAUUUUAGAAUCAAAAUGUGUGCAUAAAAUGAAGUGGAAUAUCAUCUGAAAAUGUCUUGCACAAUUAUAAUUCGAAAAUUCAAAGUUAAAUUCAAAUUCCAGUUUGAAAUGGCAGUCAUUUAUGUGCCUUGCUGCCAUUUUACCCUCUUACUCUCAGAGAAAUUAUUUUGCACACAACAUUGCGAAGUAAAUGAACAGGAAUACAAUGUGCAUUACAUAAUCUUUGGAUUUGAGACAUAUUUUGAAAAUCCAACAUACACAAUAAAUUAAAAUGCUUUGUUAUUUAGCUUCACUCAUAGGCAAGGACAUAAGAAUUAGGAAUGGUCUCUAUCUGGCUCUGCAAGCUGGCUCCACCAUUCAUCAAAACCAUGGGUGAACAUCUAUUUCAGUUCCAUUUUUCUGCAGUCCCAUAUCCCCAUAUCUUCAGAAAUCUACCAUUCUCUGAUUGAAUUCAAUAACUGAUAACUUCAGGGGUUGAUAUCCAAAGAUUUGCCAACCUCCGUGUGAAGUAAGUCAUCGUCCCUGUCCUAAUCCCUGAUUCCAGAAUCUUCCAAUGGGGGG